UGCACUGCCAUUAAGCGGGAAAAAGGGUGUACUUUAAAAGUAGCACAUGAGCAACAAUGAAAGUAGUCUAUUUGCAGGAAUAAUUAAAAAUUGAUUCAAUGACACGAUCGAUACUGCUACACAUUUCAUCGUCAUCAUCUGUUUUGAGCAAGGAAAAGAGAAUCAAAAAGAAUUCUUCUCUUCAUCUCAUUCAAUCACGUCCGGAGUUACAAUCAGUUACGGCGCCGAACAAAAGAACGCACUCUGAAGUGACAUUCCUAUCUUCAUGAGGAAAUAACGGAAUUACAAGAAAGAGCACAACGGAUAAUUGCAUUGUUUGUGAGGUGUGAUUUGAUUUUCGGCCUUUUCACAGCUCCGACUCGAUGCAUUUUGCCGGACAAACAAAUAAUUUAGCACAACGUGCAUCGCGGCAAUCAACAUCCAACAUCAACACUUCAUCAAGACAAGACUAUAGCACUUUAGAAAUCGGACCACCUUCUCCUUCGGAUCCUUCUUAUUCACCUUCUUCCUACAAUCCUACAUACGAUCGAAACGACUCAGAUUCUUAUACAGAAGAGCAUUUCGAUACCGUUCGGACUUACGAAUCCGGACAAGCCGUUUUACCAACAACAAGUCCCGGCUUUGAGAAAAAAUCAAGCAACGGCACCGGCGCCUCAUUUCAAUCCAAAGUCAAUCUUCAUCCUUCUCUAUCUGCCAACUCUGCACGCGAACGGGGUACCGCGGACAAUAGAAGAACGAACGGAUACGAAUCUACUGCUUAUCAAUCAGCGAAUAACGAUUACGAAUUACAGCAAACACACCAUUCCGGAUCAAUGUCUGGGGAAGAUAAAGUAGCCGAAAAGGCUAGACAACAAUCAUCAUUGGAAAAGCCAGGAUUUUAUGAUGCAUCCAAUAGGGCAAGAACGAUAAAUGGUGCAGGAAGAGGAAAAUAUGCCAAUCUCAUUCCCGAACAAAGGCCACCUCAAUCACCGCUAGAGAUCGCUCGUCGGUUCUUUACAAAUGAAGCUUGCAUUUUGGGAAUGUAUACAGUUCUGUCCCUUAUCACACGUAUGUGGCGUAUAGGGAAGAAUAAUGCAGUCGUUUGGGAUGAAGCUCAUUUUGGAAAAUUCGGAUCGCAUUAUCUCAAACAUGAAUUCUACUUUGAUGUUCAUCCUCCUCUAGGCAAAAUGCUUGUAGGAUUGGCUGGCUUAUUGAGCGGAUAUGGAGGUCAGUUCGAAUUCAAAAGUGGUGAGACAUACCCAAACGAUGUCAAUUACGUUGGUAUGCGAGUGAUCAUGGCAAUGUUUGGAGUUGCAAUGGUACCUUUGGCUUGGAGUAGCAGCGGAGCUUUGGGUUGGAAUUGGCGUACAAGACAUGCACUUACGAUUAUGGUAUUAUUCGAUAAUGCUUGGUUGGUUAUCAGUCGAUUUAUUUUGUUGGAUUCCAUGCUUCUUUGUUUCACUUUCAUGACUGUUCAUGGGCUUUUGAUGUUCCACAGACAUCGACACGAAUCGUUUGGCGAACAAUGGUGGUUCUGGCUAACGUUUACCGGAUUCAGUAUCGGUUUUGUGGCAAGCGUGAAAUGGGUCGGUCUAUUCGCUACCGCUCUUGUCGGUUUGUACACAAUGGAGGAUUUGUGGGACAAAUUCGGAGAUUUAAAGAUGCCUGUCAGAAGGUAUACAAGGCAUUGGUGCGCUCGUAUUUUGUGCUUAAUUGUUCUUCCAAUGGCUGUGUACAUGAUCAGCUUCAAAGUUCACUUUUUGAUUUUGAGCAGAUCAGGACCGGGAGAUGCGCAAAUGUCCAGUUUGUUCCAAGCACAUUUGAGAGGAAACGAUUUCGCACAAGCACCUCUUGAAGCUGCAUACGGCAGUAAGGUGACCUUCAAAAAUAUGGGCUAUGGAGGUGGUCUGCUCCAUUCACACGUUCAAACAUACCCUGUCGGAUCUCAACAACAGCAAGUCACUUGUUACCAUUACCGCGACAACAACAACGAGUUCAUCAUCACGCCACCUUGGGAAGAUCCACCACUACCAUCAGUCAAUGACACCGAUCCUCCGCCACCAAAAAUGCUCAGAUCUGGCAGUGUUAUCAGAUUGGUACACGAACAGACAGGGCGUAAUCUUCAUAGCCACAACUUUCCAGCACCCGUCACAAAGGAAAAUUUGGAAGUGAGCGGAUAUGGUAGCGCGGAGAUUGGGGAUAGCAAUGACUACUGGGUCGUUGAGGUGGUGGACGAUAUGAAUUCCGGAAAGAAAGGAAAGGCGGGAGAUAUCGUACACAGCUUGACCACACGUAUGCGUCUUAAACAUCAAAAUUUGGGUUGUUAUCUACGAGCUGCCAAUGCAAUUUUACCGCAAUGGGGUUGGAAGCAAGUUGAAGUGAGCUGUGACAAGGAAAACAAUCCAAAAGAUGAACAUACGUAUUGGAACAUCGAAACACACAUCAACCCUAGAUUGCCAAUGGGAAAUGCCAAAUUGUACAGAUCACCCUUUUUACGUGACUUUGUUCAUUUGAACGUUGCUAUGAUGACAUCAAACAAUGCUCUGAUCCCCGAUCAAGACAAGGAGGACAUUCUCGCCUCAAAGCCUUACGAUUGGCCAUGGCUGUACAACGGAUUGCGUAUGAACGGUUGGGGCGAUACGAAUACCAAGUACUACUUGAUUGGUAAUCCGGUGAUCUGGUGGGGCUCUUCCAUAAGUUUGAUCGCUUACUGUAUGACAUAUCUAUGGUACAAAGGAAGAAUGCAAAGAAGGAUUGUCGACCUAAGUCCACAAGAUUGGGAACAAUUCGUAUUUGCCGGAAAAGUUGCCGGAUUAGGAUGGUUUUUGCAUUAUCUGCCUUUCUUGAUCAUGGCACGUGUUUGUUAUAUUCAUCAUUAUCUUCCAACGUUAUAUUUUGCCGUUUUGAUGAUGGCACAUUUAUUGGAUCAUUUCUUAUGGAAUUCUUCAACUGCACGUUAUCGUUCUAAAAAAGGAGCAAGAAUACCGUUAAGUGAAGAAAUCAAGAAUAUCACAUUUGUACUCUUUUGUUCACUUGUUAUCGGAGUAUUUUGGUGGUUCCGUGAAACUGCAUGGGGAAUUGAUGGUCCGGUUUGGUCACGUUGGGGUAUCAAAUGGAGAAAGAGUUGGAAUAUCAAAGAUUAGAGAGGUAGGUUUUCGCAAAUUGAAGCAAACGUUUUGUCUUGUCCUUGUUUAUCAAACGAAAGAUGAAAAUGGAAUUGUAGCAACAACAACAACAACAGUAAAGUACCUAUCAUUGUUCUUUUCCAUAAAAAUGGAAUUGCAACUCAUAAGUUUGUGCGAAAAUGUGUCUCAAAAGAGGCUUCUCAUACGAGAUUUCCCGUGCUCUAAUGAUAUGGUGUAAAGAGCAUAUGAUUUGGCUUAUCAAUACGUCUUUGUUGAUCAAGGACAUCUCAAAAUUAUCAUGUGGCUGCAUCAUGCAUUCAUGUAGCAUGUGGAAUAAAAGUGGGGAGAUAGAUAAGAUGAUCGAAUCUUAUUCAGCAAAUCGGAUACAAUGUCCGUGAUUACCAUUCAUCGUCCAAUCAAUUCGUUGUCAUUGUAUGUAUGUGUGCCUGAUAAGAACAUCGGGUAGGCUACCGAUUUUCCGAAUUAAGGAAUAUAAGCUAAUGCAGACGCAAAA